UACCGGGGAGGGGAACGUUAUCGUGGUGUUGGGCAGAACGUGGACAUUUUUAGGCGUUGCAACCUGCUGGUAAUAACUUCCUGUGUCAUAGGGCGCUUGAAAAGAAGCGCUUCCGGAGGCUUGGACUGCUAAUCAAUAAACUAGGCUCUUAGGCUUGACCUAGUCGUCGCUCGAACCUGUCAGAGUCGGACAGCCGCGUAGACCGCUCCUGGAACACGGCGGACAAAGAGCGUGAACCUUCACACAAUGUCUGGUAGUCUGAUGUGUAUUGAACCUGAAGAGACAUCUAGGCAUUGAAUCUGGAGAUGUAAAUGGAAGACAGAUUGUAGGCUUCAUUGAACGGAGAACAUCCUUCCUCUAGAGUUUUGCUAACACCGAUUUCAAAUUGAUCUUAACUUGCUUUUUAUGUAAGAACUGCUGGACUUCAUAUUUUUUACUAGAGAAGCCUAUGACCUACAACUGCCCGAGACUUGAACACAUUACCUGUAGGGUAUCAACUACAUUAAACCUGGGAGCUCUUCUCUGCGUGCCCUAAAAUGUUGAGAUACUGGGGAGAGAUACCCAUCCCAUCGGGACAGACCAACCGAAGUUCCUUUGAUCUGCUCCCACGGGAGUUCCGCCUGGUGGAAGUCCAUGACCCACCCCUGCACCAGCCCUCAGCCAGCAAGCCCAAACCCCCGACCAUGCUGGACAUCCCCUCAGAGCCGUGCAGCCUCACCAUCCACACCAUCCAGUUGAUCCAGCACAACCGACGCCUUCGCAGCCUCAUUGCCACCGCUCAGACCCAGAAUCAGCAGCAGACAGACGGCGUGAAGGCUGAGGAGAGCGAACCUCUUCCUUCCUGCCCUGGGUCACCUCCUCUCCCUGAUGACCUCCAGCCUUUAGACUGUAAAAAUCCCAACGCCCCAUUCCAGAUCCGGCACAGUGACCCAGAGAGUGACUUUUACCGCGGAAAAGGAGAACCAGUGACUGAACUCAGCUGGCAUUCCUGUCGGCAGCUCCUCUACCAAGCAGUGGCCACAAUCUUGGCCCAUGCGGGCUUUGACUGUGCUAACGAAAGUGUCCUGGAGACCCUAACUGACGUAGCACAUGAGUACUGCCUCAAGUUCACCAAGUUGCUGCGCUUUGCCAUAGACCGGGAGGCCAGGCUGGGACAGACCCCUUUCCCUGAUGUCAUGGAGCAGGUGUUCCAUGAAGUGGGGAUUGGCAGCGUGCUCUCCCUGCAGGAGUUCUGGCAGCACCGCAUCAAGGACUAUCACACUUACAUGCUACAGAUUAGCAAGCAGCUCUCUGAAGAGUAUGAGAGGAUUGUCAAUCCUGAGAAGGCCGCGGAAGACACUAAGCCUGUGAAGAUCAAGGAGGAGCCCGUGAGUGACAUCACGUUCCCUGUCAGUGAGGAGCUGGAAGCUGACCUGGCUUCUGGGGACCAGUCCUUACCCAUUGGGGUGCUGGGAGCUCAGAGCGAGCGCUUCCCAUCCAACCUGGAGGUGGAGGCUUCGCCACAAGCUUCAAGUGCAGAGGUAAAUGCUUCUCCUCUUUGGAACCUGGCUCAUGUGAAAAUGGAGCCUCAAGAAAGUGAAGAAGGCAAUGUGUCUGGACAUGGCGUGUUGGGCAGUGAUGUCUUUGAGGAGCCAAUGUCAGGCAUGAGUGAAGCCGGAAUCCCUCAGAGCCCUGAGGACUCAGACAGCAGCUAUGGUUCCCACUCCACUGACAGCCUCAUGGGAUCCUCCCCUGUUUUCAACCAGCGCUGCAAGAAGAAGAUGAGGAAGAUUUAGCCUCAAAAGGACACAUCCAGUCCAGACCUCCAUCAGCAGAAAGCGUUGUUUAGAUUGUUCCCAUAAGUAGUGACUGGUUUUUUUGGUUUUGGUUUUGUUUUUCGAGACAGGGUUUCUCUGUGACUUUGGAGCCUGUCCUGGGACUAGCUCUUGUAAACCAGGCUGGCCUUGAACUCACAGAGAUCCACCUGCCUCUGCCUCCUGAGUGCUGGGACUAAAGGCAUACACUAUCAACGCCCGCCUGGAUCCUUAUUUUUAAAUACAGUGGGCUUUCCGAAUUUCGGAGAAAAGGUUCUUAACCUAGUUACAUUUCACUUUGGCUUUGUUUUUGUACUUUUUCGGAACAGCUAAGCCACUGCUCACAGAUAGAUUGUGAUACCGGCAGUAAUCAGACCAAAGCACUGUCCCCAGCUGUUAUUUUACUGUGGGACAACACACAUUUCUUAGCUUCUCUCAGCCAUCUCUCUGGCACAGUUGAGAAGAACCAUGCCACUUUGCUGUUCCCUGCAGAGGUGCGAAGCUGAGAUGUUUUGCUUAAAUGUCAAAGCUUGCAAAGCGUCACAAAUAUAUAACAUUAUUGAUGUCAGAUUUUCAUUCAUUUAUUCUGGAACAAGUCACGUCACUGGAAUCCAGUAGUAAUACAGGAGAUAGUUAAACAUAACAGAGCUCAGCAGGCAAGUUUCCAAACCAUUUCUGCUACUCAAGCCUCUUACAAAAUAAGAGCCCUGUGGUGACAGCCAUUAUCCUUAUGCAAACUGCUCUUUCCCCACAAUUCUUCCUUUUCUACAUUAUUCCAUCCAGCCUCAUCCUUUUCACUUUUAGUAUCCUUCCCACCUACAUAGACUUUCACAUAUUUCCCCCACGCUCAUUUUCUGUGAAGAAUGCAGACAGGGCCUGCUACAGUUGCUAGGUGGGCAGCAUUUGGUUUUGUUUCAGGGCACCCUUUGGUUUGUUUCAGGUUGUUCUUUGUUUGUUGUUCUUUAAAAACACAUUUGAGGAGCCAGAGAGAAUGGCUCAGUGGAUGAAGACACUUGCAGCUUGAGUUCGAUCCCCAGGACCCACUGGUGUAAAAAGAGAACUCCAAGUUGUCCUUUACAUGCCGGGGCACAAACACAAAUAAAUUAUUUUUGAAAAAAGUCAUUUGAGUUAUUCCAAUUCUUUUUAAAAUUCUCUGACCAUUUCAUACACGCACAUAUUUCCCUCUUUCGAACAAGUCCCAUUUCCAUCCUUCCCCCACAAUCGCCCCCCCCACAUACUUCCUUUCAUGUCUUGUAUGACCCAGAGUUGCCUCAAGCAUGGGUGAGAACUUACUGGAAUAAGAGCAACUUAGCAGCAGCUGUCUCACUGAGGAAAGGUUUGCACAACCCUCCCUCAACAACCAUUCUUUGCCAACAGGCCCUGGUGUGUGUGUGGGGGGGGGGGGGCUCAAGGGUGCCCUGGCAGCACAGUGAACGCUGGCAGGCCUGUCCCAUGCAGGUCUACAGAUAAAGACUGCAGAGUUCGUGAGUGCAAUGGCUACAUCACGUCCAAAAGGUAGCUUUUUGCUGUACAUCUCCCAUCCAGUGGUUCUGAAAUUCUCACCCCUUAUGCAAGGUUCCCUGAGCAUGGGGGAGGGGACAGAGAUGUCCUGUGAGUGCUUCGCCAUCUCUCACUCCAGCUAGUUCCGGGUUUCUGCAUUAGCUGAUGCCCACUGCUAUAAGCACCACUGAAGGCUGAGCAUAGUGCUAUUCUUAAAUGACGGUGUGUUCCCCUCC